GCCCGGGUCCCCGCGCGGGCGACGCUCGCUCCUCCGGCCGCGGCGCGGAGGGUCCCCCGCAAGGAAGGCUCCGAACCCGGCCGCCCGCGCCCGGCCUGCCGCCAUGGUCCACGCCUUCCUGAUCCUCGCCUUGGGCGGCCGUCCCGGGGAGGACGCGGCCGGGCCCUGCCGGGUGCUCUACUCCCGGGCCUUUGCGGCAGAAGGGCCGGAAGACGGCCAGGAGCAGGAGAAGGCGCGCCUGGGCCAGAAGGAGCGGAUGCUGGCCGUUGCCAGGCAGGUGGAAGCGGUGUGCAAGCUGCAGCAGACCGUCACAGGAAAGCGUCACCCGGAGCACCUGCACCAGCCACCUGAGGACAUGCUCUCUUUGCAGGAGACCCCAUUAGGGGUCUUCCGUCUCCCCACAGGGGACCCCUUCUCUGAGGACAAAACGGUGCUUUGGUUGGGGGUCCAGUGCCUGGCCUUUGCCCUGGUCUGUGAUCCUGAUGAAAAUAUCAUGCUUGCAGAGAGCACCCUAAGACUUGUGGUGAAUGCUUUGCUGGAGCAUCUCAAGCUUCUAAGCUCUGGGAGCAAUGUGCUCCUUAAGACGGACCGGAUGGAGGUGAUCCUUGGGAAGUUCCUCCCUCACGGGCAGUUGCUCUUCCUGAACGACCAGUUCGUGGUGGGGCUGGAGAGAGAGCUGAGUGCCCAUCUCGGCAAAUGAAAGGUCCCUUGAGGCUUCCGUUUUCCAUGUUUUCCAGAUAGACUAGCCAGUUCUCAGUACUUCGUCCUGUUGUUUUGUGUUGUUGU